AUGGCGCCGCCCAACUUCUUCGACAGCCGACCGGGAGGCCUUCGCAAACGCGGUGCUGCUAUUCGCAGGGACAGCGUGAUGUCGCCGGCCAACUGCACUCCGGUCAUGCGAGGAAGUCCGGUAGGGCGAGGAAGCCUGGCGGAGCGAGGAAGCCCGGUCCCACGAGGAGGUCUGGCGGCGCGAGUAGGUCCGACGGCGCGAGGCAAUAUGCGACGGCCACUCAACCCGCCUAAGUGGCUCCCCAGGACGGAGCAAGACAAGCUGAAGCUACAGGAGGAGACGAUCGAGGUACUGAAGGCGGAUCUGCGCAAGGAAAAAGACAAGGUGGAAGGCUUCAAGACCACCAUCUCCGGGGAGAGGAAGCGCAACAACGAGGAGAUUCAUUUGAUGACCCGCAAGCUUGAGAAGAAGCACGCCACCGUGCUGGAGCUUCGAGAGGAGAAGAGCGCGCUUGAGGAAGAGUUGGAGAAUCACCAGGAGCUUUUCAAGAUGGGGACGGCCGUUUUCGAAGGGAGGAACAGCGAUUUCGAGGCGCUCGACCUUGAGGUGAAGCAGCUGCGGGUCAGGGUCAAUGAGAAGGUAUCCAAGUUAAAAGCGCUGAACGUGCAAUACGCACGCUUGUCUAAGGCUGCACCUGAGGCGUGGAUGGAGACUGCGCUGGAGCUGGCGCUGGAGGGUCAGGCGCAGCAGACGUUGAAUAUGGUCAAUGGAUUGAAGCAGGAGGUCGCUGACAGUGAUGCGGACGUUGCUCGUCUCAAGGGUAAAGUCAAGCAGCUGCAGGUCACCAACAGCGGUCUCAAGCAAGAAGCGGCGCAGAUGCGUCAAAUGGCUCACGAAGCGACAGAGGCUGGUGAAGCAGCUUUCGAGGACGCCAGCGAGGCGCGGAGUAUCGCAGUCAACCAGGCCAAGCUCAUCGACAGGCUCAGGGAGUUGAACGGUCGUGAGAGUAGCACGGACACUUCGUGA